ACUGGGGAGAAGCCAUUCACCUGCUCAGUCUGUGGGAAGAGAUUCACUCAGUCAUCCAACCUACAGAGUCAUCAGCAAGUUCACACUGGGGAGAAGCCGUUCACCUGCUCAGACUGUGGGAAGAGUUUCACUCGGUCAUCCCGACUACUGGCACACCAGUCAGUUCAUACUGGGGAGAAGCCAUUCACCUGCUCAGUCUGUGGGAAGGGAUUCACUCAGUCAUCCCACCUACUGAGACAUCAGCGAGUUCACAACAGGGAGAGGCCGUUCACCUGUUCAGUCUGUAGGAAGGGAUUCACUGAUUCAUCCACCCUACAGAGUCAUCAGCGAGUUCACACUGGGGAGAGGCCAUUCAUCUGUUCAGUCUGUGGGAAGGGAUUCACUCAUUCAUCCCAUGUACAGAAUCAUCAGCGAGUUCACACAAGGGAGAAGCCGUUCACCUGCUCAGAAUGUGGGAAGGGAUUCACUCAGUCAUCUGACCUGCAGAGACAUCAGAAAGUUCACACUGGGGAGAAGCUGUUCACCUGCUCAGAAUGUGGGAAGGGAUUCACACUGUCAUCCUACCUACAGAGACAUCAACGAUUUCACACUGGGGAGAAGCCAUUUACCUGCUCAGUCUGUGGGAAGGGAUUCACUGAGUCAUCCACACUACAGAGACAUCAGAGAGUUCACACUGGGGAGAAGCCGUUCACCUGUUCAGUCUGUGGGAAGAGAUUCACUGAUUCAUCCCACCUACAGAGUCAUCAGCGAGUUCACACUGGAGAGAAGCCAUUCACCUGCUCAGACUGUGGGAAGAGUUUCACUCGGUCAUCCCAACUACUGGCACACCAGUCAGUUCAUACUGGCAUGAAGCCAUACACCUGCUCAGUCUGUGGGAAGGGAUUCACUCUGUCAUCGACCUUACUGGUACAUCAGCGAGUGCACACAGGGGAGAAGCCGUUCACCUGCUCAGACUGUGGGAAGGGAUUCACUCAUUCAUCCAGCCUACAGAGUCAUCAGCGAGUUCACACUGGAGAGAAGCCGUUCACCUGCUCAGUCUGUGGGAAGAGAUUCACUCGGUCAUCCCACCUACAGAGACAUCAGCGAGUUCACACUGGAGAGAAGCCGUUCACCUGCUCAGUCUGUGGGAAGAGAUUCACUCGGUCAUCCUACCUACAGAGACACCAGCGAGUUCACACUGGGGAGAAGCCGUUCUUCUGCUCAGUCUGUGGGAGGGGAUUCACUCAGUCAUCCCACAUACAGAAUCAGCGAGUUCACACUGGGAAGAAGCUGUUCACCUGCUCAGACUGUGGGUAGAGUUUCACUCGGUCAUCCUAACUACUGGCACACCUGUCAGUUCACACUGG